GAGCGCGCGCCUUCAUUACACGCACGGAUCGCGUAGUGACCGGUAAUAAAAAAAAUAAAACAAUAUAUCAGUGUCAAAAUGUUAGUGUUCCCACAAUGGCGACCGGAGAUACAGGAAGGUUGCAGGGCGCCGCGAUGGAUGCCCGCGGAGAGGUUCGCGCCAUACCUAGCACGGCCGAUGUUGCCACCACUUCCGCCACAGCUGGAAGAUGAAGAGUCCCUGGGUGGAUCUUCACCUGAACGAGGCACAAACGAGAGUGUGGAAGAGUCAGAGGGCGUGUGCGGGUGGCGGGGCUGCGGCGCGCGGCUGCACAGCGUUGCCCGCCUGUCCGCGCACAUCGCACGCGCGCACGCGCACGCGCAUCGCGACGGACUCUUCUACUGCGGCUGGAAGGGAUGCUCGAGACCACAAAGAGGAUUUAAUGCGAGAUAUAAAAUGCUAGUGCAUGUCCGUACGCACACCAACGAACGACCUCAUACUUGCAAUCAAUGCAACAAAUGCUUCUCCAGAGCCGAGAAUCUGAAGAUACAUCUCAGAUCCCACUCCGGAGAGAAACCUUACGUCUGUCCUUAUGAGGGUUGCGGCAAAGCGUAUUCAAACUCGAGCGAUCGCUUCAAACACACACGGACGCAUACAGUCGAUAAGCCGUACUGCUGCAAAAUACCAGGAUGUAAUAAGCGAUACACAGAUCCGUCCAGUUUAAGAAAACACGUAAAAACAUACAAACAUUUCGCCCCAGAAGAGACAAACAAACGGGAUUCAUCUGACGAAAGCCAACACGAAAGUUUUUCACCGACCAAAGACAACUGUUACCUUAUAGAGCCUGUAUCACCUUUACGAGGAUGUUUUACCUAUAAUGAAAACAUAUCAUCACCAAAACUAUCAUAUAACAGUCUACAAAUACCAGAGCAACAGCUUUCGACAGUGGGUUACCCACAAGUGACGUAUGUUCGGCCAUUAGAACCUAUUUAUCCAAUAAGAGUACCGCAAAACGAAAUGUCUUACAUAGAAUAUACACAAAUGUAUGAACACGCUUACAGAAAUUACUAUUCGAAUAUAAAUUAUCCAGUACUUCGUCCUAGUGUUAACGAGAAGUCUUAUUAUAAUGAACAAAGUAUACCCGAAAGUACCAGGCGAACAGAAAUCAAUGAUGAUUAUAAAAAUAUAGACGCGCCUUUGAAUUUAAUUUGCUCGAAGCGAAUGGAUUACAAGCCCAUUGAAGAUCUAGUCACAUUUAAUGAUUUACCUUUAGAUUUAAGUACAAAGAGUUGAUGACAAAUUAUAUUUAAAAAUAAAUUAUUUAUUUAUAAAAUACCUUA